GCCAAUAAUUGAAUAUUAAGAAGAAGUGAGAUUUUGUCCUUGUCUUAUGUAUGUAAUCAUCUGAAUCAAUUCAAGAAAAGCGAACCAGAAGUCAACAAAAAAAAGACUUUUUCAAUAAAUAAAAUGGCUGCAGCGGGGGCCAAAUUCCGACAGGAAAUGCCUCCUCCUGGGGGUUACGAAAAAUUUGUCUAUGAAAGAGUGCCAGCCAGAACAAUUUUUGGAGGCAAGGCAAUUAUCGGAGGCUACCUGGUCAUGACAGCAGGAGCCGCCUAUCUAUAUGCUCUCAAUUACAAAGCAGUAAAAAACCGAGAACUAGAAAUGCGUUGCGCUAGCUUAGCGAUAUACCCAAUGCUACUAGCAGAAAGAGACCGAGAAUACUUGAAACAGCUUCGUAGAAACAGGGAUGAAGAGACCAAACUGAUGGCAAAUGUCGAAGGAUGGAAAACAGGGACGUGGUAUGGAGAGCCUAUUUUCCACACGAACAAACCAGAUACUUUAGUGAACCCAAGGUUCCAAGAUUACUAUGUUCAUGCUUCUUUUAAAGAUUUCAAGAAGAGGGGACAUAUAGGUCUUCUUUCUUAGAGUACAGACUCUUUUUAAGUAUGCUUGUUGAGUAGUAUGAAUUUGUUUUUGAAAAUAAAUUUAUCUUGGAAAA